CAAUAAUUCCAUGUGCUCAUUGUUACAUGUAUUUGCAAUACCGCUCCUGUGCGAAUGGUGGCAGACGAGGACCAUGUGAGCAGAAAGCGCCACCGGCCACACGUUUCUAUCUUCGAGUCAUGGCAGUAUUUUUGGUAAUGAAACUGUUCCUGGAGCACUUUUGGCAGUUCUCAUGAGCGCUACAAGCCAGGAAAAGCCGCAGCUGACCAGCUGUUUCAGGAGCAGGAGUUGCCCGUACCUUCGACCGAGCGACACACAUCAUGAUGGACAUUUCCUAUCACUGCUUAAAGGCUAACCUGGAUUAAACUAUGAUCACCGCAGGGCUGAGUCUGGAAUGCCAGUUACCAGAGACGGGCUCGAUAUGAACCUUCAUUUUCGGACAGCCUCUGAGCCUUCAGUGUUGGAUGAUGAAAGUCAAGUAAAAAGUCAAGCGGAACCUGAGCCAGGAGAAGACAUCCAUGUUAUUCCGAUCCACCUGCGCCCGGACCUGCUGCUUCCCUGCGCUGACCUGGUCAACUCCGAGUGGCCGAGGAGCCAGACUGCCCGCGUCCACUCGAUGCAGAAAUCCUGCCCGGAUUUCCCCAUCUGUCUGGUUCUCCUGCAGGGUCCCAGAAAUGCAGAGAAGGUGCUUGGACACGCCCGGCUCUCAAGAGUCGUAGGCCACGGCGGCAGCCUGUUUGUAGAGUCGGUGGUCGUGUCGAAGGCAGAGAGAGGCAAAGGCUACGGGGGAACUCUGAUGAAGAAGACUGAGCUUUUCGCCAAAAGGCAAGGGUUCAAACGAUUGUGUUUGACCACCCACGAUAAGCAGCACUUCUACGCCCACCUUGGCUACACGCUGUCCACCCCAGUGCAGAACACAGGAUCCAUGGCGUCAUUCGUUCCUAUGGAGAUGCUUCUCAGGUUUUCCGGGAUCCAUAAUGGCGAGGUUAACAUGCAAAAACAAACAGAAAGGGUCCAAAAAGGGAACCGAGUUGGGUCUACUCGACCUCAUCCUCCUCCUUGUUUCCGAAACCCUCCUCCACCUCUGCCCUCUGUCAUACCUCUUCCUCCUCCUCCUCCACCUGCUUCCAUCCCUCCUCCAGCUGAAGGAGUACCUCUGAUUCAGACUCUCACAGAAACCCCCUACAGAGACGCAAAGGGAGCAUCUGUGUUUUGGAUGCACAAAGACCUCUAAACGGCACCUAUGGGGGUAAACAGUCUAAA